CACACAGAGUAGCUAUGGCAGCUCCCCUGCUGUCUUUGUCCAGAUGCUGCACACGUCCUCUUCUUGUCUCCAGUCGCCUGUUGAGUUCGGAAGCCGUGACUAAACCUUCGCUUCCCUCACGCUUCCUUCUGUACCUCACCAAGCGCUUCUACGAUGUGGAGGCUCUGCUCAUGUGGACAUCCAAGUUCAGAAAGAGAGGGGUGCACAAGAGAAACGCUUACUAUGGUUACACUGAAAGGUUUUACGGACCACAUGUUGCGGCGGCAUAUUUUAUCCUCAAUCUGAAAGGAGGUUUUAGGUAUCGUGGCCACACAGACUGGUUCCAUGCAGAGAAAUUCAAUUGGGACUUCCUUAAUCACAAAGACUGCCCCCUAGAGGAGAUAGAUUUGAGCUACACAGUGAUCAACUAUGAUGGACUAGGAAACUUUGAUGAGCAGAAAUCAUUGCGGACUCUGUCGUUAAAGGCUUGUCCUGAAGUCGAUGAUUGGUUUCUGUCCAGACUUCAUGUUUUUCAAGAUUCUUUAGAAGAGUUGGACAUCUCCCACUGUCCAAGGAUCACAACAGGAGGUUUACCCGCUCUCAGGAAUCUCAAGGGUUUGAAGCGCUUAGAUGUGUCUUCACUUCCUGGUAUCGCUAACCCUGGCUUGGUGGUGAUUCUGCUCGAGGAGAUGUUGCCAAAGUGCCACGUAAUUGCAGAUGGGUAUCAAUUUGAUUUACCACCAAAAGAGGAAGAAGAGGGACACAGAGAGGAGAUGCAUAGGUAGAGAAAGGGGAAAUACAGAAAAAGGGAUGGUGACAAAUUUUAUACGCUCAAUUUUGAUUGCAAACAAUGCAUGCAUUGAUAAUAUUUAUAAUUAUGUAAAUGAUUACAUACUAGAUAAGUGGAAAAGCUAGAGCCAACCAAAAUCCACAUGGAAUAAAGGUGCAUCUUACUAUACACAUGAAAUGUUUAUAUUAACUCAAUACCAGGUGAAAGUCUGUCAGUAUUGUAAUUCAAAAUGAAGUGCGUAAUUAUAAACAAAUAUGUAUAUAUAUAAUUUUUUCAAAAAUAUUUACAAUUUUUUGUGUAUUUAAGGGAGGUGUAUUUUAAGUUAAACAUGUACAUAUGAUAGUAAUUGUGAUUAUAUUGUAACUAUAAAUAAAUGCUCUUUUAUUCAAA